AGAAGUUGAGAGAAUUGGUGUGCAGAGAAAAGGUGAAAAUGGGAGACUUGAUGCAGAGAAUUAUGGCAAUGAUUGAGGCUGAGCAAGCAGCGAAAGGGUCCAACAAGGGUUCUUCAAACUCAUUUAACAACCAUGGCAGCGGUCCACAGGAUUUCGGCGGUGCAACGAUCAACAGUGGUCAAUAUGCAGGUAACCGUAACAGGUUUAAACACUCAGAGCACUACGGUGAAAAGAUUCUGAAUAACAGUGGUACUUUCAAUGGUAAUGGGAACGGAGGGAGUAUUCAGGGUGGCUUUAAGGCUGAAACAACCAACUACUUUUAAUUAUACGUAUUUCGUAUGGAAGGUGAUGUAGUAUCUGUCAUGUUAUGUUGUAUUAUAAACCCAUAAAUAAUGUAGAGCUACGGCUCUUGGUUUAUAUAAUAAAUAAAUAAA